AUGAUCACCGACGGAUCCAUUGUAGCGGGGUGUACUAUAGCAGCGAAGAAGACCUCGGUUAGAGAAUUGAAGCACAAAGUAGAAAACCCACUAAAACGACCUCGGAUAGAAGAGCUUAUCUAUUUCACCAAGGAUGAUUCACGUGGGAUGCAGUACCCUCAUGAUGAUACUCUUGUGGUGAAGCUCAUCAUUAAUGACUUUGAAGUGAAGCAGAUUCUAGUGGACUCAUGCAGUUCAGCCAACAUCCUAUUUAAAGGGACUUUCAACAGGCUACAGCUGAAGCAAAGUGACUUAGAGCCAACAGAUACACCCUUGCUGGGAUUCAGCGGUGAAGAAGUCAGACCCCUUGGUCGGAUCACGGCGAGCGGAUUGGCUAAAGUGACGAACAGGGCUAUUCUCCGCGAACUAAAAGCUCGCUUAGUGCGAGCUAAAGGGUUGUGGGUGGAUGAGUUGCCCAGUAUCCUUUGGGCCUAUAGGAUGACCAUCAAGAUUGUGACCGGUGAAAUGCCCUUCAACCUCAUGUAUGGAAUGAAGGUUGUGAUUCUGGUGGAGAUCAAAGUACCAACGUUGCGGCUCAAGGCAUACAACCAAGAGAAGAACGACGAUGAGCUCUGGACCAACUUGGAUCUGAUUGAAGAAAUACGUGACCUGGCCUAUAUCCGGACUACAACUUACCAGUAG